AGUGUUUUGGUUGCGAUUCCCUACAAAAUCCAUUUGCAAUGAGUGGCGAAAACUAUCGUAGCCCUACAAAAUCACACGAGCCAGGCUGGAAUGAUCCACCUCCAAAGCUGGCCAGCAAACGACCGGUCACUACAUCCGAUGGGAGUGAUAACGCACCAAGCCGGGAAGAAAUGUUCGACCAAAUACAGACCGUCUUUAAUGAAUAUGUCCAGCGCGUGGACGAAACACGACGGGCGACCGUGCAAAAGCGUUUCAAUCUCAUGUACCAACAGUGGACGGACAAAAAGCUGCCGGAAGUAUUAGAAAAGCUGAUCUACAUGUUAGCUACCGCCCUACUAGAUCAGGAUGUGAAUCGCGCGAAUGCGGUCCAUCGUACCAUUGUCUGUGAUCAUGGAAGUGUAUGCACUAUGUGGGCUCCGGUAUUGCGACACCCGAUCAUGGAGUUGCAACAACGCAGUGACCAGACGGGACACGAUGAGAACUCUAUCGUGCAACCAAUACAGUCGAACGAAGACUGAGGAGCCAAAUGAAUUGAUUAAUCUUUAUACGGGCGUAUUGUAAUGAAACAUGCUGCUUUUUCCUUAAAGAGAGUAUUCUCCACGACUCGGCAACCAUAUGGUAAUGUAUUCUUGAACUUCCCUGUUUAAGAGUGCAUGUAAUAUUACCAUAUUUCCAUUAUAUGGUGAGAUAGGAAGGAUGUAAUAUCGGUGAUAAAAUGUGAAAUACAGUUAAGCACCAUA